AGACGAUACAAGUCAAGAUUUCGUCGACGAUGGCGUUCGAGAUCCACGGAGCCACCGACAGCGUAAGGGCCGUCUGCCUCGGCGCCGGGCGCUUCCUCCGCUGCUUGCUUGUGCCCGCGCUGCGCCAGCUCGGCCAUGGCGUCGUUGUCGCGCAGCCGCGAGGCCACGACUUUGUCGAUGCCUGCCUGGCUGCUGGCGGCACGUACGAGAUGGACGUCGUCGAGCGCGACGGCCAUACGUCAACCCACACGGUCGAGCUCGCGGGCGUCGGGACCUUGGGCACGCGUGACGGCCGUGCAGCCUUUCUCGAGCUCCCGUACAAGCUGCCACACUUGCGCUAUAUCGGCGUCGGCGUCACGGAAGCUGGGAUCCAAGCCGGUAGCCAAGCCAUGGCGGAUUUUGCCGCGUUCUUGGCCACUUGCAGUGUCGCGUUGCCACAUGCUGCGCUCUCGGUGAUCAAUACGGACAAUCUCCCGGCGAACGGCGACGCGAUCAAAGCGCUGGUCCUCGCGCUCUGCACGCCGGAUGUCGCCGCGUACAUUGACGCACAAGUGACUUUCCACAACUCGAUGGUCGACCGCAUCACGGCCGGUCGCCCCAGCAACGCCCUCGUGCCCUUCUCGGAGCCGCUGCCCCCAAAGGCGCUCGUGCUCGAAGACAGCGCGUCGUCUCUGGACACGUCGUGGGCCGCGCUGCCGGGUGUUAUCGUCCUGCGUACUUGCGGCGACUUGAGUGCGUACCACAAACUGAAACUCAACAUUGCCAACGCGACGCACACGGCGAUGGUUUACUGCCUCGCACUCUCGCGUGUCGGCAACACGACAGCGACACACGAAGCUGUCUACACGUUUCUGGACGAGCUCUUUCGCCGUGACAUUGCGCCCGCGCUCGUGCAGCACAACCAGAUUCCAGCGGCGCUGGUGCAGAGCGUGUACGACGACCAGAAUGCCUUUACCAAAUUCCAGAUCCGACUCUGGCCCUCGGUGCUCUCGAAUCUGGCGUGCGAUGCGGCGUACCAGCCAAGUGCCAUGAUGGCCCUGGCCACGGCCUUUUUACUGCGGUUCCUCACACCCGCGCCGGCGUCCGAGGCGCACACGACCGAGCGCGGCCCUAUCUUUACCGGCUUUAUGGACCCAACACCAACGACGGAAGGUCGCUGCUGGAACUACGUGGGCGAUUUGAGCGCCGACAGCAGCGUCGGUCGCUACACGUUUCGCGAUGGCAACGGGUCUGUGCCGUCGCGGCUGCACAACGCCAGCUCGACGUCGAUCGCGGUCUUGGCGGUUCUCGAGACGCUUCCCGGAUGCGACUGGACGCGUCCGACGAUGCUGCACUUUGCCGCCGAUGUGGCCGCCUUGUACCACCGCCUCUUGACAACGCCGGCGCUGAGGGUUCUGGAGGACGUUUUGGAGCACUUUCAAGCGCCACGUGAGAGCGCACUGACGUCGCCAGACGCGGUGGCGGCCAGCGUGCAGUCGCACGUCACCACCACGCCAGUGAUUGAUGUGCACACGCAUUUGUUUCCGCCAUCCCACGAUGCCCUCAUGCUCUGGGGCAUUGACGCGCUCUUGACGUACCACUACCUCGUGGCCGAGUACCUCAGCACCGCGACCACGUCCCCCGAAGCCUUUUACGCGCUUCCAGGGACGGCACAAGCGGAUGCGGUGUGGCAACAUCUGUUUUGCGACCGGUCGCCGCUCUCAGAGGCGUGCCAAGGCGUGAUCACGACGCUCUUUGAGCUCGGCCUCGCUUCGUUGGUUGCGACGCGGGACCUGCGUGGCAUCCGCGCGUGGUUUGAUGCGCAGUCCCCGACGGCGUACGUGGAUCGAGUGUUUCGACUCGCCAAGGUCCGCUACGUGGUCAUGACCAACAUCCCGUUCGACCCGCUGGAGACGCAGUACUGGACCCCAACGCCAGCGAGAUGCAACCGCAGCCAGUUCAAGACGGCGCUCCGCAUCGACCAACUCCUCCUCGGGCUCUGGUCGUCCAUCGGGCCUGCCCUCGAUACACUGCAUCUCCCACAUACGCUGGAUGGCGUUGAGCAGUUCCUCUUGCACUGGAUCGACGUGCUCCAACCCGAGUACUUUAUGGCGAGCGUGCCCCACACGUUUGUUUAUGACGAUGACUCGCCGCGUGACGCGCCGCGCGAUCUCGCCUCGCCCAGUGGCGCGUUGCUGCUGUCGUGCGUGGUCUUGCCGCUGGCCGCGCGACUGUCGCUGCCCAUUGCACUCAAAUUUGGCGCUGUCCGCGGCCUCAACCCUCGACUGUGCCUGGCCGGCGAUGGUGUCGCGGUCGUCGACGUGUCGCUGCUGACGCGCCUCGCACGCGCGAACCCACGCGUCAAGUUUCUCGCCACGUUCCUUUCACGUGUCAACCAGCACGAGGUGACGGUCGUCGCCAACAAGUUUGCCAACGUCCAUCUGUACGGCUGCUGGUGGUACUGCAACAACCCAUCGAUCACUUCCGAGCUCACGCGCAUGCGGCUCGAAAUGCUCGGGACCGGCUUCACGGCGCAGCACUCGGACGCACGCGUGCUGGACCAGCUCGUCUACAAGUGGAAGCACUUUCGGUCCAUCUUGGCAACGACGUUGACGCCGUUGUAUACGCAGCUGCUGGCGCACGGGUGGGUCGUCACGGACGAGGACAUUCGCCGUGACGUUUCGCGCCUUCUUGGUGGCAGCUACGAAGCGUUCCUCGCCAAACGACUGGACGAAUGAGCCGUCUCGAACGCCCCAGCAACGAAGACACUGCAUAGUAUGUAUGAUGAUAUAAAAAGCGAUACUACUACCGAGCGA